GGAACGUAGCGGGUACAACCGCUCAGAAAAGAGCCAUCCCCCACGUAACCGACGCCACCAUCUCCCUAUACGCACUAUUUCCACUCCUACUUUCUUUGCUUUCACUGCUCUCUCUCUCUCUCUCUCUGUUUUUCAGAUCACCAACUAGGCAACUAUAAACAUCUCUCUCUGUGCAACUCCAAUUUCGAUUUCAAAGUGAAGAAGCAUCGCAACACGUCGGAUUCGUCUCUUUCUUGGUGUGAACUUUGAACUUUGAUCCCCGUUUAAAGAAACGAAAUCGUCAUGGCUACGGAGCUUUUGGAGAUCCAGCCCCAAGUAUUUAAAUUUACUUUUGAGGUGAAGAAACAAAGUUCAUGCUCAAUUCAACUUGGGAAUAACUCCAAUCAGUAUGUUGCUUUCAAGGUGAAAACUACUUCUCCAAAGAAGUAUUGUGUGCGACCGAAUACUGGUAUUAUUAAGCCCAAAGCAACAUAUGAUUUCACAGUUACUAUGCAAGCUCAGCGUGUCGCUCCACCUGAUAUGCAAUGCAAAGACAAGUUCCUGAUUCAAAGUACAGUUGUCCCCUUCGGGACAACUGAGGAGGAUCUUACCUCUGACAUGUUUUCAAAAGAUAGUAGCAAAUAUAUUGAGGAGAAGAAACUAAGGGUGAUCCUGAUUAGUCCACCUCCUUCUCCAGUACUUUUACCAUGUAAUGGAGCCUUGAAGCAAGAUCCAUCUAGUGAAACUCUGGUGCAAAGACUGCUCAGUGGAGUUGAAAACAUUCCUCCACCUCGAAAGGUUGCUGAGGAUGCCAAGUUGAUUGAAACUGCUGAGGAAUUGGAUGAGUUAAGAGAAGCCAAAUGUGUGGACUCAAGACCUUCUGACGAUGUGGAGGGGUUGAAAUCAGUGAAGAAUGUUGUUGAGUUGAAUAUUGCUGAGGAUUUUGAGGAUAUGAAAUCAAAGCUAAAUACUAUGGAUUCAAAACUCAGAGAGGCUGAACUUACAAUCACAAAGCUGACAGAAGAGAGGAAUAUGACCACUGUAGAGAAGGAUACACUUAAGGAUGAAUUGGAAGUGUUGAGGAAGAACAAUGUGAGAAGAAUUCAGAUGGGCUUCCCCUUAUUUUAUGUGUGUAUGGUUGCUCUUAUCAGUGUGCUAGUCGGAUACCUUAUUCAUCCAUAAGAGAGAGCACUUUUGUGGCCCUAUCACCAAGCAUUUUAGAACGAUAGAUGAUCUGAGUUGUUUUUUUUUUUUUUUUUUUUUUUUUUUUUGUUUUGGUUUAUUAUUAGAAUGGGUCUAACACCGCAAAUACCCUUUUUUUUUGUACGUGAUAUGUGAUAUAGUAACUUCUAUUAAUUGUGCAUAUAGAAAUAACCAAUUCGUUGGUGUUUACCAAAAAGAAGCCCAUGUAAUGGCAUAAUGAGGGUUGAUAUGUGCCACAGUGAAUGUUGGUCAUCUACUUUUGUGGGAUAUUUCUGGAGUGUUGGUGUUAGAACUUAAUGUAAGUUUAUUAACCUGAAUAGAUCUGAAUUUGCAAUUUCUUCUGCAGUGCCAACUUAUUAUUAUUAUUAUUAUUAUUAAUGAAUUGUUAGACAGGAAAACUUAAA